AAAAAAACAUACAGAAACACCCAAUACCCCCAUUCCCAUUCCCCAAUCCUAAUACCCCAAAAGGUAACCCUGACCUCACCUCACGGAGACACCAUAGUCGUAAGCUAACCUCACAUCACCGCAACACUGCCGGCCGUGUCGUGUUGUUCGUGUCGACGGACACAGUGCGACUCCAACGAUGUCACCUGCACUGCGGCUUCCUCGUCUUCAUCGUGGCUUCUCCUUGCUCCGCGGCUCCGUUCGCCGGUUCGUCGUCACCGUAGUAGCGUUCUCUCCGUCGUGUGCGUCCUCUACUCUGUCAGACUGGUUGGUUGUCUCUGUCUUCUGCCUCAUCUGCUCUAUUAGACAGGUAAGGGAACUGCAAUGGAGAAUGACAUCAAGUAGCAGCAAGGCGGAAGACCUGUGGAAAUGGAACGUGGCGAUGGUGGAGAUGUUUUCGCAGGCGAAAACCGGUUAUGCAGACGAGGGAGUAUGUAUGCAAUUUUCUCUAAUUGGCCAAGAAUGAACAGGGUUGACAGUGAGGUAUUGAGGUGUAAGAUUAUAAUUGUGAGCAACAUGUAAGGAUUUAUUAUUAACUAGGUUGUUUAAUGAGGCAUUGCCACGGUGUGGCUAGUGGGAAUGUAACAUAACUAUAGGUGUUUUUUAUUUUUGUGGCUCAUAGAUGGAGAAGGUGAGGGUGCUUGUUGGUGCAAAUGUGCAAUGACAGUUUUUUUAGUAUUAAAGAACGGUUUAGGGACACUGAGGAGUGGUUAUGAGUUUGUUAAUUAUGUUGGAAUGAUGUCGAAGUAAUAUGUUGCGAGUGAACUUGUUAAGUUUGCAGGCAAGUUAUUUCAUCCAACUCAUUUUAUAA